UUUUUGACUGCAUGUCACAUUUUAUGUGACACGACAGCUAUAAUGGCAUACAGCAUUGCAUAUGAUCAUUAGUGUGUCUCUUAACUGCAGUGUUAAUGGGUUUGGGUGUAGUGCUGUUUUUCCCCCUCCAGAUGAGGAAAUAAAACAAUCAGAGUUAGUCUAUAAAAUGCAAUCACCCCUAACGCAUGUAUCAGGAGAGAGCCGUCAGAGCCAAAGGCCAGGGGUCGGGUGGUACUCUGAAAGCCACGCCCACUGCAACCGAGGCCCAAAAAGCAAAUAAGAUCGCUUAAUAUUAGCUGGCUCAAAAAUGUGAGCUUUUGCUAUGUUAGCAAGCACUGUUAUACGGCUAAUGUUGUUUAAAAUGCUUUAACUCGAUUGACAGACGUUCAGUAGGCUAAAACUGACCUGUUAAUAUUUAUGACCAAGAAAAAAAAUUCAGCUUACUUCACAUACAUACACACACACACACACACAGGCAGUGGGUUAGGUUGGUAUAAAUUUUUCCUCUUGAAGUCUCAAUUUUUCAGUUUAGCAUGCUAAAAGUUUUUUAGUUAUUUACCCAGGUUGUAUUCAAGUGCUCUGCAACUUUCAGCCAUUUGGUUUAUUUUCAAUUUAUAACGAGAGGACGGAGUUGGCGACGAUUACUUUCUGGAUCAACAACAAAGGUCUUCAAGCAACGAGGGAGUGACAUGCCUUUGAUGGAAAUUUCUGCCGAGUGAUAGCGAUCCAGCAUGUAGCAGAGUCCUGUCACACCUGGGAACAGUCUGACUGCAUAAUGGGGAAUUCAUACGCAGGGCAGCUGAAGUCUGCCCGAUUUGAGGAGGCUCUCCACAACUCGAUUGAGGCGUCCCUGCGCUCGAGCAGCGGGAAUCCACAACCCAUCUUCACACAGCUGUACUUAGAGCCUGAGACGUAUCCUGGUAACAUGGAAGCUGAUAUGAAGUCGAAAGCUGGCGUAGCACUCCAUGGCAGGGAGCACCCAGGGCACGAGCUUGUGAAUGGCAACUCUUCCAACGAUCUGGAGGAGCUGGAAGACGAAGACGACUCGGACACCAGCAGCCCUCCACUUCCCUACCUGCAAGCUCCUGCACCGGAUGGCUGCUGCACCCUGGAUGGCUUCUGUCAGGCCGGGAAAGACCUCCGCCUAGUCUCCAUAGCAACAGAGCCCAUCGAAGUCCCAGCAGGCUUCGAGCUGGUCGGUGCCAAGUCCCCCACUGUUCCUGAGCACAUCUUGGUGUGCGCCGUGGACCGGCGUUUUUUGCCUGACGAGAAUGGGAAAAAUGCACUUUUAGGUUUUUCAGGAAACUGUGUGGGCUGUGGUGAAAAGGGAUUCAGAUACUUCACCGAGUUUUCCAAUCACAUCAACCUGAAACUUUCCACACAGCCCAAAAAGCAGAAGCACUUAAAAUACUACCUGGUGAAGAAUUCUCAGGGUGCUCUGUGCAAAGGACCCCUCAUCUGCUGGAAAGACGGUAAAACGCGUCAGUUUCUCAGCAGCGCAUCAACCUCCAAACCCGGCUCGUCGUCUUCUCUUAGCAGUAAAGAAAAUGGAGGUCCCAGCGGACACAGCUCCUCUCCUUUUUCCCUUUCAGAUUCUCCACCUACCAGAACAACGCAAGCAUCCUCUGUCUUUUUUGGGAACCAGGAAUGUAGUUUCCUCAAACCACUGGCCUCCACACCUGGAAACAAGACUCUACCAAUAGUACCCACAGCUCUUCGGGUGAAUGUGCCAACAAAUAGCCUGGCUGUUGAUGGGCGCCCUCCAUUACUCAGCCCCUCCCAGGUGUCCUUAGGGCCUCAUGGUCAGGGGUAUCGCACUGCUGAUUUAGGAGAUAGUCCCGUAUUGUCUGCUAUGAACUCCGGCCCUCCAAAGAAGCGCCACCGGAGCUGGCAUCCCAGCUCGUUGGUGCCAGUCCCGCCAACAGCUGUCCCCGUGCCAGCUCUUCGGCCAAUAGUUUGUUCUCCAGGGCCGGUAUUAGGAGUAGCCUCUCCUCAACCACCUGUAAUAGGCGUCAUUCAGCCCCAGCCCGUCACCAUUGGAGAGACGGUCAUCGUGCCCGACAACCUACUCAACUCUGCAGGAGUCCGACCUGUCAUCCUCAUUGGCCAUGGCACUUUACCUUACUUCUAUGGAAAUGUUGGGGACAUAGUGGUGAGCCCCCUGCUGGUCAGCUGCUAUAAGAGCAGCCAACUGUCAGAUAAAACCCUGGAGGCUCUGGGCCUCAACAGCAGCCGGUUACUCAGCGUGGAGACGAUGAUUCUGCUCACUUUACAGUAUUUUGCACGUUUAGGUUCAGAGCAGAUUCCUCUGAGGGAGGAGCUGGAGCAGAUAGUCUUGAAGGCCAUGCUGUGCUGUCCCAGGGGACCUGCCAUCUCCCCCCUCCAACUACCCUGGCUGGCUCGGCUGGAAGCGAGCGUGUCUGGCGGCAGCGUCCAAGUGGUGGUCACAAACAACUCUUUGGGCGAAGGCAUCUCUGAGUCGCUGCGCUCUCUGGCUGAGGGUCCUCCUCAACAGCAGUGCCUGCCAACCUAUGUGGUCAUUAUAUGCGCCUCUAAGAUGAGCGGCAGCGAGUUCUGUGUGAUUGUGUUGGGAAAGUAUCAAGCGCGGGCCUUAGCAGAAGGGAUGCUCACAACCAAUGAAUUUCUGAAGGAAAUCAGCUACGAGCUCAUCACGGGGAAAGUCAGCAUCUUGACAUCUCAUUUCAGAACCACCUCUCUGGGGGACAACCUCGACAAACAGCUGGUGCGAUACCAGCGCAGGCGGAAAGGACAGGUCAUCCAGCCCUUUCAGGGCGAUGUCACUGACAACAUCCACUCCCAGGAAGCUGCCAGCAUGUCACCACCAUCAGACUCAGAUCUUUUUACAAAGGGCUUCCAGAUCUAUCCGGCCCAGCUUAAUGUGGCUCGUAGCCUUCUUUCUCAAGUGUGCUCCAUCGCGGAUUCAGGGACACAGAACCUCGAUUUAGGGCGUUUUUGCAAGGUGGACUUUCUGGUUUUGGUCCCUCCGUCUCACAUUCUGGUCCACCAGACAGCACAACGCAUCCGACAAUCAGGUGUACUUGUGGACCUGGGAAAUGAAGACCCCUCCACGGCCCACCUGAAGUCAGACAAAUAUGUGGUGCGUCUUGACGGUGAUGUUCACGCCAAGAUGGAGGCCUUCAUGAAGAAAGUCAAACAGAACCCCUACACUCUGUUUGUCCUCAUUCAUGACAACUCGCACGUCGACCUGACAAGUGCCCUGUCAGGCUCUGUGUGCCACGGGGAGCUGCAGGGUUUGGCUGACCGGGUGGUGAACUGUCAAGAAGUCUUAGAUGCCAUGAACCUCUUGGUCCUGCAGGUCAGCUGUUUCCCUUACACUUUGCAGACCCGCCAGUCUCGAAUCAGCAUCCACAAUGAAGUUCACUGGCCGUCCAACGACAAUCUGCAGAGGGAGCAGUUUCCUGAGGAGCUGGUCUACUUUGGCCUGAGGAACUACAGCAGAUCCCUGCAGUGGGGCAUGGCCAGUCCCAUCCUGCGCUAUGAUGAUGCGUUUGAGAAAAUGGUUCACACUCUGUUGGAAAGACACCCCCACCUACACAGCAUGGUGAUCCGCAGCUACCUGCUGAUUCAGCAGUACACUGAGGCCAUGAUGGCUCUCACCUCUUCCCCGUCCCUGAGGGACCACAUAACUCCAGAGACCCUGGCCAUGGUGGAGGACUUGAUAAACGCUCCAAGCAGAGAGGGCUCCCAGGGCCACGGCCACAUGCUGCUGGUCCGUAUCCCCUCGCUGCAGCUGGCAAUGUUGGCCCGAGAAAGACUGGAGGACGUGAGGGACAAGCUGGGACUGCAGCUGUGCUUUGCAGUGCUGCUGGGAAGUCCUGCGUCUGAGCUCAACCUGCACAGAAAUUUUAUCAGUCGCCUCAGGGCUUGGCAAGGCUGUGAGAAUGAAGACUGGGUGCCACACACCUAUGUGGAUCUGGAAGGGCUGCCCUGCAUCGUCAUCCUCACGGGCAAAGACCCUCUUGGAGAGACUUUCCCCAAGUCUCUGAAAUACUGCGACCUGCGACUGAUAGACUCCAGCUACCUGACUCGUACAGCCCUGGAACAGGAGGUGGGUCUGGCAUGCACCUACGUAUCCAGGGUUGUUGUUCCUAAACCAAAGAAGGCUAUGGCCCCUCGGGAAUCGGAUGUGGAGAAGAUCGUCACCAGCUUGAAUGAUGGAGAUGAGCUGGAAAGACCUCAGAGCAACGGCAGCGCUGCAACCAGAACCUCUGGCUCUUUGGCGGAUAAUGGUGUCAGCUCAUCUGAUGUUGCAGACUCUUUCCAGAAACCCUCCACUUCCACCUCGCAGCCUGAAGGCAUGGUCACCAUAGACAUGGGCACAUCAACACUCGGAAUUAAGGAGGAGUGCGACUCACUGGGAACCCCGCUCUCUUCCGACCCUUCGAAAGCCUCCAAGGCUCCUCCAUCCCUCUACUCCAGUUCCUCAUCUUCCUCCCCCUCACCAUCUUCCUCCUCCACCCAGAGGCCCAGCCAGUCCACGCAGUGCGAUCGCGAGCCCACGAGGGCAUCACCGCGCACAGUCAUCUUGUCGCGAGCAGCUUACAAUCUGUUGUCGGGGGAGUCUGGGAGUCAGCUGAGCUCCUCCUCGCUGCUCCCUCACGCAGACGUGGCCUGGAGCAGUCCGCUGAGGCCCAUUAUCACUCACACCCUGCAGGGGACGGAGCAGAGCAUGUACUACCGCCAGUGGACCAUCGCGCGGCAGCAUCAUGCUGAUUAUGAAGCGCCGUCUGUGCCGCAUCCUCGACGCUUGCUGCUCAGUGGACCCCCACAGGUGGGAAAAACUGGCGCCUACCUGCAGUUUCUGCGUAUCCUGUUUCGGAUGCUCAUCAGGCUGCUCGAGGUCGACGUGUAUGAUGAGGAUGAAGUGGAGGAAGAAAAUUCAGAGGUCACAACUCUAGUAAGUACCCAGUGGCCGGACAUCGAGGAAGUCCGAAAGCUGCCCUUUGACCCCAACCUCCGAGAUCCUAAAUUCAGGAAAGCCAGCCGUGUUUACUCUGACAAGAUGCUAAAGUCUUUCAAAGAUUGUAAGCAAGACAAAGAGAACCAAACUCCAGCCACACGAGUGACCAAGUCGAUACGUCAGAGUAGGUUUGCUGCCCACAAUGCCUUUCAUCACUGUGACCAGUGCCAUCACUACUGUGAAGCAGGCGCAGCUACACAGCUGUCGGAGUGCACCUUUCAUGCUUUCACCUUCUGCUCGUCCAUGCUGGGAGAGGAGGUCCAGCUCCAGUUUGUGAUUCCCAAAUCUAAGGAGCAGCACUUUGUUUUCAGUCAUCAGGGCAGCCACCUGGAGAGCAUGCGUCUGCCUCUGGUCUCCACCAAGGACCCCGACCUUCUCAAGAGUCCAAUCUUCACCCCGACCACAGGACGCCAAGAACACGGCCUGCUCAACAUUUUCCAUGCCACGGAGGGGGCAGCUCAUCUGCACAUCCUCGUGGUCAAACAGUUUGAGAUGCCUCACUAUAGGAAGUACUGGCCCAACCACAUCUUGCUCGUCCUGCCCGCCAUGUUCAACAACGCUGGAGUUGGUGCAGCUCGCUUCUUGAUCAAAGAGCUGUCAUACCAUAACCUCGAGCUGGAGAGGAACCGACUGGAGGAGCAAGGUGUCAAGAGACAAGACAUAUGGCCUUUCAUUGUCAUGAUGGACGACUCCUGUGUGCAGUGGAACGCCCACCAAUCAGCAGAAGGAAGUGAGACAUCAGAUGGAGGCUCAUGUCUCAGCAACGUGUCUCUAAAAACGGUGCUGCAGCACAUGGAGAACACGCCCAAGAUCUCCCAGUACGCCGUGUGCGGCACACGCAAGUGGAGCAGCAGCCUGGCUCGCAGGUCUCCCAGCAAUCCCUUCAGUCGGUGUCACCUCCAUGACUUUGUCAUGCUGAAUGUGGACCUGACGCAGAACGUCCAGUACGACCUGAAUCGGUAUGGCUGCGAGGAGGUGGACUUUAAUCUAAGGGUCAAUAGCAGUGGCUUGUUGCUGUGCCGCUUCAACAACUUCUUCCUGAUGAAGAAGCACAUUCCAGUUGGGGGAAGAAACAAAGAAUUCCUGGUCAAAACUAAACUCAUGGUGGGUGUUCAGGAAAUAGAAAACCCCGCUCUAAUCAGCCCGUUGCAGUAUGUUUGUGCACCAGACAGCGAACAGACCCUCCUCGACGCCCCGGCCCAGUUCCUACUGGAAAGGUUCCUCCAGAGCUGCAGUCACAGACUUUUUCCGAAAGCUGUUAGGAACAGAGACAACCCAGUUCUGUCCAUUGACAGCUACCUCAACCUAAGCCCGGAGAUCUCUGUGUGCUACAUCAACUCUCGUCCACACUCCACCAACCUGAACCAUCAGGGGCUGGUGUUCAGUGGCCUGCUGCUUUACCUCUGUGACUCCUUCGUUGUUUCUGGACUCCUGAAGAAAUUCGACUUCCUCAAAGGUGCCACCCUCUGUGUGAUCUGUCAGGACCGCAGUUCCCUGCGUCAGACCAUUGCCCGACUGGAGCUGGAGGACGAAUGGCAGUUCCGCCUGCGGGACGAGUUUCAGACGGCCAACUGCAGCGAGGAUCGGUCCCUCUACUUUCUGACCGGCCGCCACGUUUAAACCUGCUCAAAUCUAUGUCCACACAGUGUUGUUGCUGAAGAAACCCAAUCAGAACUGAGAUUUAGUUCCAGACCUGCAAUCAAAAUUUUGAUCAGGCAGAACACAGGUCUGCAGGGAAAUGCUGGAGCACGAGGUGUGAGGACCACCUGACACAGCUUUCUGUACUGCCAGUGUGCACUGUGCCCGACUCCAAAGAGGGUCGGUGAAUGUUUCUGACUUUCGCUCGCCUGCCGGCUUGUCUUCAGUUAAGCUUGUGUCGUAGUGAAAAAGACUUUGCUGUGACGGGAAAAAAAGCACAGCUGAAACUGAACUUAUUUUGUUUUGGUGCUGUUUUGUUUUUUUUAUUUUUAUUUUGGACUCAUGAUGGAUAAUGUGACUAUUUGAAGAAUGUAUUUUGAACCCACUUUGUCCAGUCCUGGAUGUUCAGGGGGUCAGAGACAGGUGGCUUUAAGGAGUUCCGUUACCUUCAGCAUUCUCACAUGGGCACAAUGGAAUAUAUUUUAACAGGGACAUGGCAGGUUUGAGACCAUGAUAACAUCUGUGUUUGUUAAUGUUUGUGCAUCUGCAUGAAAACAGUUUAAGUUUGCCAUUAAUUUUUCUAAGCACCAAAGACGCCUUUAGCUGCACUUUUCCUUUUUCCUUUGCUUUCUUUGACCUUUCUCACCUGCUUUGCCUCUCAUAAUCCACAAAGCCCAUUUAUGUUUCCUCAUAACGUUACAAAGAUACACCCAAGAGUUUGGUCAUUACUGGAUUUCAGGUCAUCAGGAGUAUCUGUACUGGAAGCUGUGGGAAUCAAACAAUAAGCAGCCGUUGGAUUUGACACAACAUGUUGUCACAUGACUACAUUUCAUGCGAGUUUAUCCAAAACGACUGGAAAACUACGGGAACAUACGAGUUGUGUCUUCAUUAUUUUACUGUUUCAGUUUCAAUAGAAAACUGUGAAGCUGGUCAAUUUUUCUGAAACACUAUUAAACUGCAUCCACACAGGAAGCAGUUUGCUUGAUUUGUUACCUAGGUAACCCACUAAUGCAUGGAAUCCUGCGUUCUCAUUGGUAGUUACUUCAAUUCCUUGCCUCAAAGUUGAGAACAGUUUAUCUUGGGAUUCAUCCAGUUAGCAUUGUCAGCAGGUGAAACGUGACAUGUAGUCACAUUUCACUCACUUUCUUCUACAGUUUGUGGUCGCUACGCCGCUGUGAGUCAACAUCCACUCAAGUCAGUGACGUUCUGCAACUGUAGCCAAAAUAGCCUACAGUGACAGGAAAUUUAGAGACUUUGAAAGCGUAUGAUACUGCUGAUUGACAUAUUACUGGGUUGUAAAUACUUUAGAGGGUUCCCUAGGAAACCAGAGCUCAAAAUAUCUGCAAGCGAUGCUCGAUGAGAGAAUAGUUUCCAGCGUGGACACAGCUUUAGAUGAUCUGCCACAAUGUUUUUAUUUUUACAUGCUUUCUGUUAACAUGGACACCGAGCAGUUGAUUUAGUCGUAUGUUAUGACAGUAAUUUUUUGACAGUAAAAGUGUACCACAGGCAAGCUCCCUCACUGCCAGCUGUCCUGCUACUGCCCGUGCCUGAGAUGUCACCUCCUGUUAUGGUGUCCUGAUUGUUUAUUGAAGAUGUUUGCUACCAUCCACUUUGAUUAACCCAGUUUCCAGCCCUCAAUUAAAGGGUGAAAAUUAGGUUUACGCAUAUACUUGAAAGAUGAAUGUUUUUAUAAGUUUCUGCACGUGGUUGUCCAAAGAAUAUGCCUUAAGCGAUGUUUCACACAGUGUCUGCUUAGGUUUUGUUUUGUUUUUGGACCAAUGAGAAUGAAGAAACCUUUUGACUGUGAGGCGAAAGAAUGUUGUUUGUCUCUGAUCAAAUAAUUGGGUUUUGGACUACUGUACUGUUUAAAGCUUUGUUUACAUUAUUAAUAUAUUUGAUCAUCCCCUUACCCACUGAGGGUUACUGAUGUGUUUAAUGUUGUGUAAUGUUUGCCAGUGUAUUUUGGUGAUGUCUUUCUGCAUUUUUAUGUUGCAAAGGCAAGAAGAAUCUACCUAGAUUUGUCUUUAAUGAUGUCUUUAUUCCUUUUGGGGUUUUUUUCCUUUUCUUUUUUUCUUUUUUUGAAAAUGAGAAUCAGGUCCAUGAGGAUUUUUUUUAUUUAUUUGAAAAGCAUUUGGGACUGAUAAUCAUAUUGGAGUGUAUAAUUUGAUUGAGGCCUAAGUUCACUUGGGCCAAGGGAGCGUGCCCUCUUCAAAACCGGUCGCGAAGGCUUUGCACAAGACACAAACGAAUGAUUCUUGGAUCUACUGAAUGUUACUGGGGGUUUUGCAAAUGUUGGACUUGCACUAUACAAGUUGCCAGCUUAAAGAAUUAUUUCCAGAAGAUGGUUAUGUUCUCUAACCCCUAGAUUUAAUAUAAUAGUGAUGAUCAAAACAAUGGUCCGUAGAAAGUGUUUUUCCUCUUUGAUUUUAAUACUUAAUAUGCAACUUGCUCCCACAAUCUUAACUGAAAUGUGUUUGAUAACCAUGUGCAGCACAGUGGUAGCCUUGGUGCCUGCUUGAUCUACCUCAUGUUUACCAUUGUGGUUGCAGGCUGUGAAUAUCUUAAUGUUAGAGCCAUGCUGUUGUUGUUUAAAAUGUCUGAAUGUAAUAAAAUGGCAUC